UCCGACACAAAAAUGCGUCUCACGCAGCCGCCGCCAGUUCUGAGUUUAUCUUUUGGUUCCGUGAUGUGGACGGCCGGUUCCGGGGCCUGCGGACAAUCUUUUCUGGGAGGUUAUGGAUAGCAGAAUGCCAGUGUCUUGGAUAUGGUGCAAGGUUUAGCACGAUGUUGCAGUCUGCAUGGAGUUUGGACAGCACUUUACCAGUGCCUCAGCUCCCUCAGUAUUGGGCAAGGGCUAUUAUUGGUGCCUUAGCCGUUCUCUGUUUUGGCAUUAGUUAUGAUGGAGACUUUGUCUUUGAUGAUUCAGAAGCUAUUAUCAAUAACAAGGAUCUUAGACCAGAGACACCACUUAGCCACCUUUGGGAACAUGACUUCUGGGGUUCUAACCUGAUCAGCAACACAAGUCAUAAAUCUUAUCGACCACUCACGGUGCUUACAUUCAGGUUGAACUACCUGAUAGCUGGAGGAUUACAUCCAGUUGGCUUCCACGUGGUCAACAUUGCACUUCACAGUGUGAUCUCUGUAAUGACUCUUGAUGUCUUCUCGGUACUUCUAGGUGGUCUAGUACAUGAUGAGAAAGGGAGGCUGCUCAAUAGGGCACCAAAAGCAUCAUUUCUAGCUGCACUGUUCUUUGCUGUGCAUCCAAUACAUACGGAAAGUGUUGCUGGGAUUGUUGGCAGGGCAGAUCUCCUCUGUGCUCUGUUCUUUCUUUUGUCCUUCAUCAGCUAUUGUAAAGCCUUCAGAAAAUAUGAUGCAGAAGGAGAGUUCUCUUUUUACUGGAUCUUUGCCAGCUUGCUGCUUUGUGCAAUAGCGAUGCUUUGCAAGGAACAGGGUAUCACAGUCCUGGGUGUGAACACUAUCUUUGAUGCACUUGUGAUCUGCAAAAUGGAUAUCCUGCACCUAGGCAUGGCACUGUUACGAAAGUCCAAAUUGUCUGAGAUGCUACUUCUGUGGAAAAAGGGACUUUUUACGCGAAUUCUACUGGUGGCAUCUGGCGGGAUUGCCCUUCUGUAUGUCCGCUGGCGGAUCAUGGGCACAGGGCCCCCAGUUUUCACUGAAGUGGAUAACCCAGCAUCCUUUGCAGAUAGUGCUCUGGUGCGGGCAAUUAAUUAUAAUUACUACUACUCUUUGAGCACAUGGUUACUAGUCUGUCCCUGGUGGCUGUGCUUUGAUUGGUCAAUGGGCUGUUUACCUCUGAUUAAAUCAAUUGGAGACAUUAGAUUAUUUGCCCCUCUUAUACUUUGGAUCUUCCUUAUCGGGAUCAUGUUUCAAGCCUUAUUCUCCACGAACACGGAUGAAAAAAGAAUCCUUGUCUCUGGAAUUACACUUCUGAUCAUCCCAUUCCUUCCUGCAUCGAACAUUUUCUUCCGAGUAGGGUUUGUGAUUGCAGAGCGGGUAAUCUAUCUCUCCAGUACUGGUUAUUGCAUGCUGUUGGCUUAUGGCAUUUGCAUCUUGUCAAGACAUGGCAGGAGAUUCAAGAACAUCGUGUCUCUUGCAGUGGCAGGCUUGGUAAUUAUGAAUAUUAUGCAGUGUAUCCGGCGUAGUUGCCAUUGGAGAACAGAAGAAGAUCUUUUCACAAGCGCGUUAUCAGUAUGUCCCUUCAAUGCCAAAGUACACUACAAUGUUGGUAAAAAUCUAGCUGACCGAGGAAAAGAAAUAUCUGCAAUCCAGUACUACAGAGAAGCUGUCAGACUGAACCCAAAGUAUGUCCAUGCUAUGAACAAUCUAGGAAACAUCCUGAAGGAAAGGAAGGAACUACACGAAGCAGAGAAGUUGCUCUCCAGAGCUGUAGCCAUUCAACCUGAUUUUGCUGCUGCCUGGAUGAAUCUCGGAAUCGUGCAGAACAGUUUGAACAAAUUCGAAGAAGCUGAAAGGAGUUACUGGACAGCAAUAAAAUACAGAAAAAAAUAUCCAGACUGCUACUACAAUCUAGGACGUCUGUAUGCAGAUCUGCACCGUACUGCAGAAGCUCUGAAUGCAUGGCGGAAUGCUACUCUUCUCAAACCUAACCACAGCCUGGCUUGGAAUAACUUGAUCAUAUUACUUGACAAUACAGGUAAUUUAGCACAAGCUGAAGCAGUUGGAAAAGAAGCUCUAAAAUUACUACCCAAUGAUCAUACAAUCAUGUUUUCAUUUGCAAAUGUGCUCGGUAAAUUGAAAAAAUACAAGGAAUCUGAAAAUCUGUUUCUAAAAGCACUACAGAUUAAUCCUACCAUAGCAAGCUAUCAUGGAAAUUUAGCUGUACUUUACCAUCGCUGGGGGAGACUCGAUCUAGCUGAUAAAGAAUACAAGCUCGCUCUGAAGCUUGAUCCAACCUCUCCGGGGAUUGUGGAGAACUACAACUUGCUGAAGAAAAAACUUGAACAAGUCAAGAAAGGCCAGCAUUGAUGGGAGAAGGUUGAAAGAUAACUGAACUUACAGGAUCUCUCUAUCAGAAAAUGGUUAACUCCAACACUAUUGAAAUAAAUUUGCACACAAAUCUCAGCACAA